GGAAAGAGGAGGCGAAAGCGGCGACGAGAUCGGGAUCUCAGUUUAGCGUAGUGGACGUGGUUUUAAUGGACUAUGUUGCCGAAAUCAGGCAAUUUUAACUGCUGUACUUUAACCUGCUAGCUAUUUAACUUACUAGCCUACAUUUUUAUCGAAAAACAUUUUUAUCCUUUUUAUCGUGAACGUAUAUCUGCUAGCGGGCUGGGGAGAGAGCUGGUAACCUAACUGGCUACAUUUUCUUUCCUUUUUAUUGUCUGCUGGUAAGAAUGGCAACAACUGCCCUGUACGCGUGUACGAAGUGUAACCAGCGGUAUCCAUUUGAGGAACUAUCGCAGGGACAGCAGCUCUGCAAGGAGUGUCGGAUAGCACACCCUAUGGUGAAAUGCACAUACUGCCGAUCCGAAUUUCAGCAGGAGAGCAAAACCAAUACAAUUUGCAAGAAGUGUGCUCAGAAUGUUAAGCAGUUUGGAACGCCCAAACCAUGCCAGUACUGCAACAUCAUAGCAGCCUUCAUCGGAACGAAGUGCCAGCGCUGCACCAACUCUGAGAAGAAAUACGGGCCCCCUCAGACAUGCGAGCAGUGCAAGCAGCAGUGCGCCUUCGACCGCAAGGAAGAGGGCAGGAGAAAAGUGGAUGGGAAGUUGCUCUGCUGGCUCUGCACGCUGUCGUAUCGCCGGGUCCUGCAGAAGACUAAGGAGCAGAGGAAAGGACUCGGCUCCUCUCACUCCAACUCUUCCUCCCUCAGUGAGAAGGAGCACCACUCUAGACACCAUCGUCACAAUCAUCACCACCGGCACAGCAGCUCACAGAACAAACUGAGUAGCAGCCUAAGUCCGGAGCAGGAGCCAGGACUGUGGAAGCAGAGCCAUAAAUCCUCUUCAAUCCAAAAUGACACCCCAAAGAAGAAACCUAAACUGGAAUCAAAGCCGUCUAAUGGAGACAGUAGCUCCAUCGCUCAGUCCAUGGACUCUGGAGGAACGGACAACUUCAUCCUGAUUAGUCAGUUGAAGGAGGAAGUGAUGUCAUUGAAGAGGCUGCUUCAGCAGAGGGAUCAAACUAUACUGGAAAAGGACAGGAAGCUGACUGAGCUGAAAGCUGACUUCCAGUACCAGGAGACCAACAUGAGGGGGAAGAUGAACAACAUGGAGAAAGCACACAAAGAGGCUGUGGAGCAACAGCAGGCCAAAAACAGGGAACUAAUGAAGCAGGUGGCUGCCCUCUCCAAAGGCAAGAAGUUUGAGAAGACGGGGAGCACACUGCUGUCCCCAUGAACCCAUUGGCAUGACCCAAAAAAAGGAUGGAGCAAAGAUGGGGCAAUGUUUAACACUGUGAAAUCUGUUGCUGUCCUUUUCCCCUCAUUUUCCAUUGAAUUUAGUUUUUGUCCCUCCAGAAAUUGGAACACGACCUGAUUGUAUAAAUAAACAUACAGAGACACACACACACCCACGACCCACACAAACUUGCUCACUCGUGCUUACACAUAAUGGUGGUUAGUAAUGCAAUGCCAAGUCGCAUUAUGGCAAUAAAACAAGGUUCUCAGUGUGAGGUGACCUAUGGUGUGACUGAAAACAUCUUUUAUGCAAAGAACAGCUGAACUACCCAUACUCGGCUCUGUUUCAGAAGAGUGUAUGAGUCUCAUGGUAGUGAAUUUGUGCCCUCUCUGCCUGCCGUGAAGUGCAGGGCUCUAUGUGGAAAUUGUCAGUGUGAACAGUCAACAUGUGACACUGGAGUAGUAUCUGUAAGCAGCCCUCAUUUCAGGUUUUUUUCACCUGCAAAGUUGAACUUUUUAACAAACCUCCACAUGACUUGCAUGGUGGUGCCCAUUUUGUUUCUAGUGGAACAUUUUUUUAUUUUUCACUUUUCACUUUUUUUCCAUUUUUAGCAAUAGCAUACAUUGUGUUUGUUUUUCCUGGAUGAAUCUAACUGGAAACAGGACCCCUGGGGACUGUGCUCAUGGUAGCCUAUAUGCAAAUGUUGAACCAGAAUGGUGGCGGGUUGACCAGUGGGGGAUGAAGCUCUGUGCUUUCUCCUUGCCAUUGCAUUGGGAAGUGACUUGUGGAAAGAAUUGUCAUGACUCACCAUUGAAAGACUGGCAACUAGGUUUCAUGUACUGUAUUAUACUUUUAAAUGAAUUUCAAAAAUCAAGUGUAAAGGUAUUUUACGUUUCAACAGUGAAGGCCUUUGUGUAUUUAAAUCUUGUUACUUUUGCUGGUUUCUAGUAAAUUUAAGCAAGGCUAUUAAUAUCUGAACAAUAUGCUUUUAAAACAAAUCCUAUUUGACUUUUUAUACUGUAGCUCUGUGGAACUAAUGGGGCUGUAUCUGCACCUGGCCCAUAGGCCCAUUUUUGUACUUUUUUCA